CUCGAGUCUUCUCUCUUUAUCUAUACCAAAAGCUCACCAUUUCACCAUCAUAACGACAUGGGCUCACUGCCCUUUUGAAGAAACACAUUCUUUUUCUCUAUAAAAGCUUCAAAAUCACUCUUUCGCAAAAGAGCACAAAAAAGGAGAGUUAUUUAAUUUUUUUUUCGUUCUUUCCUUUUAAUCUAGAUGGCGAAGAUAUUACCAAUUAGGUUUGGGCGGGUAGCGGCGGCGUUCGAUGAGGUGGCACGUGGAAGACUGUGCGAAAGCAGUGGGAGCGAGCACUCGCCGGAGAGUUCAACUGAUUUAUCAGAUCUUGUCAAGUCUUUUCUCGAAAGAGACAGCGUAGGGGGAGGAGAUGAAGAUGAAAACGAAAGAGACCAGACGGAAAUGGGAAAUCUUUGGUGUGAUUCUGAGAAGAUCGAGACGUUGAAGGGUUUUUUUGGAGAUAAAAAUGAUUGUGAGAAGCAAAGGAUUCUCGUAGAGACAGAAUUCGCAAGUCAGCUUGCUGGGAAUUGGUCUUCGCAAAGCUUCAAACGUCGCUUGAUGACUCACUUACGUAAUAGAGGCGUCGACGCCGGUCUCUGCAAAUCUCGGUGGGAGAAAACUGGGCGGUACCCAGCUGGGAGUUAUGAAUAUGUAGAUGUGAACAUUGGCCCAAGUUCUCGCUUUAUUGUUGAAGUAAACCUAGUUGCACAGUUUCAGAUUGCUCGUCCCACAGAUGGUUACAUGUCACUGCUUGAAGUUUUCCCUCCAAUCUUCAUCGGUAAACCAGAACAGCUUAAGCAGGUUGUGAAGCUGAUGUCUGCGGCAGUGAAAGAGUCGAUGAAGAGUGUGGACAUGCAUGUGCCACCAUGGCGGAGGAACGGGUACGUGCAAUCUAAGUGGUUUGGUUCUUACAAGAGGACAACCAAUGCAGUUCCAUUCACUGGAAAAUCAGAGCCUGGUGAAGCUUUUAAUGUUGCGGCAAAUCGAUCGUUUGGAUUUGAGGCCCUGCCAGUCAGGCCUUACUUCUGCAGAGACGAUUUUGCCAGAAGGGUUGGUAUAAAAGCUGGGCAGCUGACGGCUGCAUUCAAUGAAGAACAAAAUUAAUGAGCAUGUUAAAGAAGAGAAGUCAUUAUUUUUUGGUUCUGCUUUAUAAUUGUUUGGGAGGAUUGAAUAAUUCGUGGAAUUGGAUGUAGAAGCUUGGAAAGUAGGAUUUUUUUUCUCGCUUCUGUUUGAAAAUUUUGUUAAGAAAUAUGUAAAUAGCGUUAGUUCUUUAUAACAUAGGUGGAUAAUUUUGGCAGAAAAGCUUGCAAAUUGCCAAUAUUUUUUACCAUAGAUUUGUAUUUUCAUUUUUGGGGGGAAAUUUUAUUUCAGUCGGCUCAAUUUUAGUCGAGUUUGAUACCA